UCACAGAAGGUCAAGGAGCCACCCACGGACGCCUUCACUGUUCCCUCUCUAUGUCUCUCUAAACCUAAUAAUAUCGUCUCUUAUUCAAUUCAAUUGAACAACUGUAACUGAACACUGCAAUGGCGGGCCUGGCAACUCCCGGUAUGACAAUGCCGGAAGUCGAUUCCAGUAAGACCAAAGCGGACGAGAAAGUGGACUACAAGAAUCUACCUUGCCCUAUACCUUUUGAAGAAGUCCACCGAGAAGCUCUCCUGUCUUUAAAGCCAGAACUUUUUGAAGGAAUGCGCUUUGAUUUUUCUAAAGGACUCAAUCAAAAAAUUUCUCUUAGCCACAGUGUGUUCAUGGGACCUAUGGAACUUCCUUCUCAGUCCUCUGAAACUAUCAAAAUCCCAACUGCUCACUACGAGUUUGGUGCCAACUUUCUUGACCCAAAUUUGAUGCUUGUUGGGAGGGUGAUGAUGGAUGGGAGACUUAAAGCAAGGGUGAAGUGUGAUUUGACUGACAACCUUACUUUAAAAGCUAAUGCUCAGCUUACAAGUGAGCCUCAUAUGUCUCAUGGCAUGGGCAACUUCAAGUACAAGGUCAAUCAAGAUUAUUGUGCACAAUUGAAAUUGGCAAAUGGAGCCUUUUUCGGAGGCAGUUACAUCCAGAGUGUGACCCCGCAUUUGUCUUUGGGUGGUGAAAUUUUUUGGGCUGGGCAGCAUCGCAAAUCAGGUGUUGGAUAUGCUGCUCGAUAUGAGACAGAUAAGAUGGUUGCUACUGGACAAGUUGCAACCACUGGGAUGGUCGCUUUGAGCUAUGUUCAGAAGGUAUCUGAGAAGGUAUCUUUAGCAACAGACUUCAUGUAUAACCUCCCAUCAAGAGAUGUGACAGCAAGUGCCGGUUAUGAUUACAUCCUUAGACGGAGUCGCCUUAGAGGGAAGAUUGAUUCAACUGGAUGUGUAGCUGCUUAUCUCGAAGAGCGUUUAGAUAUGGGUCUUAAUUUUAUCCUUUCUGCAGAGUUAGAUCAUAGGAAGAAAGACUACAAAUUCGGAUUUGGUUUGACAAUAGGGUAAUUUCUGUGGAGGGCGCAAUUCUGUAUUUUAAGUUUGUGUAAGUUCAUUGUCUUUCUGGA